CUGGCAGCUGAGGAGCACAUUCGGACUAAAGCCAUGGAUGUACCCCGACCAUUCCUUCUCCUCCUGUGUGCCCUCCACCUGACCUUGAGCGGAGUGUUGAGCAAACACAUAGAUCACAGAAACCUGUUCACACAGAGGGUGUGCUGCAAAAGGCAGAGCCACUUUGUCUACAUUGGACAAGACAUCUCUGGGAGUCCUGUCAGUGUGGAUGUGGGGAUGUGCAGGUCGCACUGCGGGGCAGCAUCCAGGCCAUCACAUGAAGCAGGACAGCAGGAAUACUCCAAACAUUCCUCAAUGCUGGAAUUUCUCAAGAGCAAAAAAGUGAGAACGCGCGGACCUGCAGCUCCAGAGAGCUCCGAGCCGCAGAAGCAGCUGCCCUCCUGCGGUAUGAACCAGGUGUGCGAGCCCACCGGGAUGCGCGUGGACCGUGUGCUGCUGUUUGAGGGACCCCGGGAGGUGGAGGUCAUCGAGGAGUGCCACUGUGAGAUCAAGCUGAGCCAGUGCAUCCGCGUCCCCGCGCUGAGGACUUACUACCCCGAGACGCCCUAUGAGACGGUCAUCGACGUGGGAGGAUGCUCCCGGUCCAAGGGCUCACCAGAGGGAUUCUCCUGCGUCCCCACCAAGUUUGACUCAGCGCUGGUGGAAACCCCCAACAAAGCGGACCUCAUCCAGACAGUGACGGCUUGUGAGCUGAAGGAGAGCUGCUACCGGGUCCCAUAUGUGGAGUAUUACUAUGAAAUAGUCCACCAUGCAGAUGGAGUAAAAGAGGAGAGGCUCAAAGAAAUAGAUGUGGGCAGAUGUUUGGGAGGCUGCACUACAGGAAACCAGUGCCUUCUCAGGAGUCCAUCUGAUCCAGAAAUCUGCCACUUAUGGGCUGAAAGACAGUCGGUUUCCUGCGUUCCUCAGGGCCACGAGAGCCACAGCUUCCUUAACCAGCACGGGCAAACUCGUACCGUUCUCUCCAUCACUUCCUGCCUCUGUCAAAGCUGAACGCUGCGCCUCCUGCUGGAAAACAACUUCCAAUCCCUUCUCAGCCCACUGAUGACCCCAUCACACACUGUAACAUUGGCUUCAGAAUUUGCUAUCCUAAAGUAAUUCCUAAA